UGCUGCUGCUGCUGCUGUACAGGUGGAGGGGACUGAGCAUCAUGUUGCAGCAGGACAAAGCGGAGACGCUUCGAGGGGGCCGCAGCGGCGACAAGAGGCGACUUUAGUGCCAACAUUUCCGCAGCGGUGCACAAUGCAUUAGUCUCUGCUGAGGGAUCUCUCCUGGUUUUAUUGCUGGAGACAGGAUGAGGGUGCUGUUGGGAUAGACCUUGCUGUGCUGCACUGUGCUCUGCUCCUCCUGCACUGCUGCUCACCUUCCUCCACAAGCAGAGGAUGCUGCUGGCUACAUGGCAGAGGUCUGCAUGGGGUCUGAACAGGUCGCCUCGUCUUAUGCUGGAGGUUCGGGCCCUUGACUGUGAGGAGCAAUGACUUCUAAGUACCAGUCUGACUGGAUUCCUUACAGCGUUCUGGAUGAUGAGAGCAGUAGUCUGCGCCAACAGAAACUCGACAGGCAGCGCGCUCUAUUAGAACAGAAGCAGAAGAAGAAGCGUCAGGAGCCUCUCAUGGUCCAAUCUAACGUGGACGGCCGGACCCGGACUCGCAGGAUGAAACAGUCCGAGGAACAAGCUCCGCUGGUCGAGUCCUAUCACAGCAGUAACAGCAGCACCAUCUAUCACGUGCAGGAGGCCGAGCAGGAGGACACGCAAGUGGCGGCCGAGGCUCAACCUCCAAAAUCUACUAAAAAGAACAAGGCGGCCAAUGCCGCUAGCUGCCCGUCAGGCAGCGCCAGGAAAGAGAAAAAAGGAAAGCAGAAAGGUAUCGAUGGCCCCGCAGCUUCUUUCCAGGACGAGGCUCCGGACACAGGGAGUCACGUACAGAUAUUAACAGUCGGUCAGUCCAACCAUGAUGAAGACGAGGGGGAAUCGACGGCCACCGGGCAACAGCAGAGCAAGCAGGACCUGAGGGUGACCAUGCAGAAGAAAGGAAUAUCCAGCAGCAUGAACUUUGAUGAAGAGGAGGAUGAGGAAGAUGAGGACAGCUCAAGUUCAUCCCAGCUCAACAGUAACACCCGUCCAGGCUCUGCCACCAGCAAGAAAUCUAAUAAGGAGACAGCGUCGGCCCCCAGCCCCUCCACCAAUGAGCCGCCCAUCGAUGUAGAAGACCUGGAGGAAUUCUCCAUUCGGCCGGCUCCACAGGGGGUUACUAUCAAGUGCAGGAUUACCAGAGACAAGAAGGGCAUGGACCGGGGCAUGUACCCCACCUAUUAUUUGCACCUGGAGCGGGAGGACGGUAAAAAGGUUUUUCUAUUGGCUGGAAGAAAGCGUAAGAAGAGCAAAACCUCGAAUUACCUCAUCUCCAUAGACCCGACUGACCUGUCCCGGGGAGGGGAAAGCUUCAUUGGCAAACUGCGGUCUAACCUGAUGGGAACGAAGUUCACGGUCUACGAUAGCGGGGUGAAUCCGGUGAAGACGUCCUCAACUCUGGAGGCCAGCAACUUACGGCAGGAACUCGCAGCCAUCUGCUAUGAAACCAAUGUCUUAGGCUUUAAGGGCCCUCGGAAGAUGAGCGUCAUCAUUCCCGGGAUGAACAUGGACCACGAACGAGUCUCCAUACGACCUCGCAAUGAGCACGAGACGCUCCUCUCCCGGUGGCAGAACAAGAACACGGAGAGCGUCAUCGAGCUGCACAACAAGACGCCCGUCUGGAACGACGACACCCAGUCCUACGUCCUAAACUUCCACGGCCGGGUGACACAGGCGUCUGUCAAGAAUUUCCAAAUUAUACAUGACAACGAUCCGGAUUACAUCGUCAUGCAGUUUGGCCGGGUUGCAGAAGACAUCUUCACCAUGGACUACAACUACCCGAUGUGCGCCCUCCAGGCCUUCGCCAUAGCGCUCUCCAGCUUUGAUAGUAAACUCGCCUGCGAGUAAUGGCAGCGCCCGCGGCGUGGAGGCCGCCCGCCCGUGUCUUACACUCCCUAUUGUAUGGGCUGGACAAAUCCGAGUUGCGCUGUGAUUUAAUUUGUCAGCGGGACCUCGGCGUUGGCGCCGUUGCUACGUAAUUCUGAAGUCGCUCGCUGACGGAGAAAAUGCGUCUCGUAAAACUUUCCGCUCGACUCUUUCUACAAUCGUGGAAACUGUAAUUUUAUUUUUGUAUUUGUUUUUAUUGAGGCCAGCAUUUGGGUGGGGGGAGUGGGGGGCCGGGGUUAUAACCGCCCCCCCAUGCUAGUCGCCCCAGUGGACUAAGCAGCGCUAAUGCCCCUGAUGAGCGCAGUCUGGUGGGCGUGGCCCGGGGAGACGUUUCUGCUUUGUAUUUUACUAACUGUCUAACACGAUGCAUCUGGUGGUGGCCGUUACUAACACGACGUCGCUGCACUGAUAUCCGCGGAAGCACAAAAAUGAAACCGCCAAAAAUGUAGUAAAAAUUGCUUUCUUGCCCAAUUUUAGCCAUUAUGACUUAUCUAAAAACUGUCAUUUAAAGGACCGGCGUCCAGUCUUCUGUAAGUAAAGUGUAAUCGCUGUGUAAUGGGAAGUUUUUGCUUUCUCACAAUUUUCCACAUCUCUGCUUGCUUGAAGUGAAUGGAAGCAUUAUUUCCAUUAAUUUGCUGAAACUUC